AUGAUGCUGCCGCGGCAUUCGACGAUUUCAUCGCCUCUAGAUUUCCGGACUUCUAUGCGAAUGGGAUACUCGAACUUGUUUUUCGUUAACAAAAGAACUUCUUAUCGAGCCUACCGUGCGGGUCCCAAUGAAUUUGGACAUCUGCCUGAUCCGCCAAAAAGUGCCUUCAUUCCUGAGAGCGAAAUGCGGCCGGAAGACAGUCAGCGGGUUCACCUAAUCAAUGCCUUCCGGCGAUAUGGGUAUCUACAGGCUGAUCUUGAUCCACUUGGCUUGCAAGCCCAAAAGAGUGUGCCGGAACUAAAUCCGGCUGUCUACGGUCUGUCGCCACAGGAUGUUUUGCCGGGUAAAGAACUAAGCAUGGAAGACCUGGCCGAGCAGUUGCGGCUGAUCUACUGUGGUUCAAUGGCAAUUGAAUUCAUGCAUAUUAACAGUUGGGAAGAGCGGCAGUGGCUUGCACACCAUUUUGAGAGCACGGUCGCUGAAGAACUUCUCGCAGAAGAACGAGUAAAAUUGGCUAAGCUUAUGCUCAAGUGCGAGAAUUUCGACCAUUUCCUUGCUCUGAAAUUUCCUACCGUUAAGCGAUACGGUAGUGAAGGAGCGGAGGCAAUGUAUGGUUUCUUUUCAGAGCUUUUCGACUCAGCUCCUGAGAAAGACAUCAAACAGAUUUUUAUCGGUAUUGCACAUCGAGGUCGACUGAAUCUGCUGACGGAAAUGAUGCAAUUCCCUCACGUUCAGAUGUUCAGAAAGAUGAAAGGUAAACCAGAGUUCCCGGAUGGCAUUCAGGGGUCUGGUGAUGUCCUCUCUCAUUUCACGUCGUCGUUCGAUCAUCAGUCACCUGAAGGUACCGUACACAUUUCGAUGCUGCCGAACCCCUCACAUCUUGAAGCAGUGAAUCCAGUCACGAUGGGAAAGGCUCGGGCACGUGCCAGUCUUGCUGUCUGUGUAACAAGCUUCCGUACCCACUUUGAAACGAUCGCUAUUUACUAG